GUUCACAUGCGUCUCUCGUAAUUAAUUUCUACCUCUUAGCCCCCCUCCAUUUCCUUCAUCUUCUUCUCCAGCAACUCUCUCUCUCUCUCUCUCUCUCUCUCUCUCUGUCUAUCUCUGUCUCAAGCCCUCCAACUGCGGCCGGUAUGUCCAUGGCCCCCUCUGGCGGCCACUGCCGGCUUCUGGCUUUGGCAAUACUGGCCAUGACCGUUGCUACAAUGUUUGGGAGCGGUCAUUCCUACAACCGGCCAAAAGCACGCCGCACGAUCUUUGUCCGCCGCUUAUCAAACGACAAUUCUCCAGAACAGGUGCACAUAUCUGUUGUCGGGGUAGACAAAAUGAGGGUGUCAUGGAUUACAAAAGAUGAGGCCCGAGCAACCGUCGAAUAUGGUACGUCAGCUGGCGUGUAUGAUAGUUCAGUUACGGGGACUACUUCAUCUUAUAAGUAUGUGCUCUAUAAGUCGGGCCAAAUUCACGAGGCGGUCAUCGGUCCGUUGAAGCCCGAUACGGUCUACUACUACCGGUGCAGUUCUGAUCCAUCGCGGGAGUUCAACUUGAAAACGCCUCCCGCCCAAUUCCCCAUCAAAUUUGCAGUAAUUGGUGACUUUGGACAGACUGAUUGGACGAAGUCGACCCUCCAGCACAUAUCGCGGUCGGACUACGACAUGUUGCUACUGCCGGGGGACCUGUCCUACGCGGACUUUUACCAGCCUUUGUGGGACUCUUUUGGGAGACUGGUCGAGCCACUGGCAAGCCAGCGGCCCUGGAUGGUGACCCAGGGUAACCAUGAGAUCGAGAAGAUCCCGGUUGUCCACUCCAAGUCCUUCACAUCCUACAAUGCUAGGUGGCGCAUGCCAUUCGAGGAGAGUGGGUCCACCAGCAACCUCUACUACUCAUUCGAUGUAGCCGGAGUCCAUGUUAUCAUGUUAGGUUCGUACACAGAUUUCGGGCCAGACUCGGACCAAUACCGGUGGCUACAAGAGGAUUUGGGAAAGGUGGAUAGGGCAAGGACUCCAUGGGUUGUGGUGCUGAUACAUGCUCCGUGGUACAACACUAACACCGCUCAUCAAGGUGAGAAGGAGUCGGUGGACAUGAAAGCCGCCAUGGAAGAUCUGCUGUAUCAGGCCCGUGUAGACAUUGUCUUCGCCGGGCAUGUGCACGCAUAUGAGCGUUUCACUCGAGUUUAUGAUGGAAAAGCCGAUGACUGUGGCCCGGUGCAUAUCACAAUCGGUGAUGGUGGCAAUCGUGAAGGCCUUGCGACAAAGUACAGGGAUCCGGCGGAAAAUAUUUCCAUCUUCAGGGAGGCAAGCUUCGGGUAUGGUCAGUUCGAGGUUGUGAACGAGACCCAUGCACAGUGGACGUGGCAUAGGAAUGAUAACGAUGAGUCGGUCGUAGCCGAUUCUGUGUGGCUUACUAGUCUCUCAUCAAACCCAAUCUGUAAACAUUAAAAAUUGGCUACUGUUAGAAACACAUAUCUGAUUUGUACAGAUAUUGGUGGGGUUGGGAUAAAGAUCAUAUAUCUACACAUAAGAAUUAAUGGCCUUAUUUCCGCAAAAAUAAGUCUGAUAUGUAUUCGACUCAUCAGAUCAAGCCAUGCAUAUUAUAGUCAACAUUACAGUAAACAAUUAUAUCACAGUAAACAAUAAAAAUUGGUCCAUAGCAAUAAGAGGGAGAGUAGUGAUCUUUCCCAAACUCUCAACAAUAUUCUAAUUUUUUUAUCAUUAAAAUAUUAUUAUUUUUAUUUGUUUACAUUUUCUA